AUGAAGUUCCGGAUACAUCAUGUUGUAAUUGUUGCCGACAUUGAAAAAAUGUACCGGCAGGUACUGGUUCACCCCGAUGAUCAGUCAUUUCAACGCAUUCUGUGGCGAUUGAGUCCAGACGAUCCCAUUUCUACAUAUCAAUUGAAGACGGUUACCUACGGUACAUCGUCUGCUCCUUACCUUGCGACGAAAACACUCCAGCAACUUGCAAAUGAUUAUGGUGGAUCAGAUUUCCACGCAGUGAGAUCACUUCGGGAAGAUUUUUAUGUCGAUGAUCUGCUCACUGGUGCAGCAGACGUAGAAUCAGCAAUCAAACUUCGUCGGGAAUUAUCCGCAAUGCUCAGCUCCGCUGGGUUUCCUCUGAAAAAGUGGGCAUCUAAUGCAACUGAAGUUCUUCAGGAUGUGCCGCCAGAGGAUUUGGCCAUUCUUCCCUACCGUAGCCUCCAGGACGAGCAAGCUGUCUCCACUCUUGGUCUUGUCUGGGAACCGAAGUCCGACACACUCCGGUUCAAUGUUCAUUUGCCGCUUCCCGCUGCCGUCCUGACAAAACGAAAGGUGAUGUCAUACAUCGCACGGAUCUUCGAUCCGCUCGGACUAGUCGGUCCUACGAUUUCUAAGGCCAAACUGUUCAUGCAGCGUUUGUGGGCUCUGAAGCACAACGGCCAAAGCUGGGACUGGGACACUCCCCUCCCAUUGAAACUGCAAGAAGAAUGGAAACAGUUCCAUUCUACACUCAAUCUCCUUAGUGAAGCUCGUAUCCCGCGAUUUGUAUCGAUGCCUGACUCCGUCAGCAUUCAGCUUCAUUUCUUCUCUGAUGCGUCAGAAAACGCAUAUGGUACCUGUUGUUACGUCAGGACUGAAACAUCCGAUAAAAUCUCGGUCCAAUUAUUGACUUCCAAGUCAAAGGUCGCCCCAUUGUCAACCCGACAUUCCAUUGCUAGACUAGAGCUAUGCGGAGCACAUCUAUCUAUGCUGCUCUUCAAGAAGGUUAACAACGCCCUUCAAACUCCUUCGACUGUUCACUUUUGGACGGAUUCUACCACGGUCCUUCAAUGGUUACACGCUUCGCCAAGCCGCUGGAAAACAUUUGUGUCGAAUCGAGUUUCACAAAUCCAACUCAACACCAAUGUUGACUGUUGGAAACAUGUUGCGGGUAUUGACAAUCCCGCUGAUGAUAUCUCCAGAGGACUACAGCCUGCAGAUAUUAUCACCCGCACUAGAUGGUGGAGAGGGCCACCAUGGUUAGCACUUCCUUCUGACUGCUGGCCCAUCACCUCAUUUUCCAAGGAAGAAACCGCUGGUGCAUUGUCGGAAAGCCGAAAAUCUCCAUUAACUGCAAUGACGUCAGUACAGUCUACAUUUUGCAAUGAAUUAUUCAGUCGGUUCUCGAGUUUCACCAAGUUACGUCGUGUCACAGCUUUCUGUCAACGCUACAUAGAAAACCUACAUAGCCGUUUUUUAGCUCAACGUGAGAAUUCAGAAAAUUUAAAACCAUCGAACAUCAUCAUCAGCACUAGUGUAAUGCCUGAUUCGCUUAAUUCGUCGGAACUUCGUAGAGCAGAAAACUUCUUAUGUCGUUUGGCGCAAGCCGAAAUGUUUGCGGAGGAAAUUUCCAACCUUACAAGUGGGGAACGAGUCGCGAAAAAUUCGCCACUCAAAUGGUUGAACCCAUUCAUCGAUCGAGACAACAUCCUUCGUGUCGGUGGCCGGUUAAGCAACGCUCCACUGACGACCGAAACCAAACAUCCACUCGUCCUCUCUGCUAAGCAUCCGCUCUCUGCUUUGUUGGCUAGUCAUUAUCAUUUGAAGCUACUGCAUGCAGGUCCACAACUCAUGCUCGCUACUCUCCGCCAGAAGUAUUGGAUUCUGGGCGGAAGAAACUUGGUUAAAUCCGUCUUUCACCAUUGCCACACUUGCUUCAAAAGCAAGCCCACACUAGUCCAACAAAGCACAGCCGAUUUGCCAGCAUCGAGAGUCUCGCCAACCAGACCAUUCUCUGUUUGCGGAGUGGACUACUGCGGUCCAUUUUUUAUAAAGUCACCUGUGAAAAAGCGCGGUCCCACCAAGACCUAUGUGGCCAUUUUUGUCUGCUUCUCCACCAAGGCAGUUCACAUAGAGUUGGUGAGUGACCUGUCCACCCCAGCGUUUCUAGCUGCACUUCGCCGCUUAGUUGCUCGUAGAGGAAAAAUAUCAGAAUUGAAUUCUGACAACGCCACGGCAUUUAAGGGCGCAUCGAAUGCACUACAUCGCAUCUAUCGCAUGCUGAAGGUCGACGAGGAUGAACGGAGACUCAUAUUCGACUGGUGUGCCGACAACGAAAUUCGUUGGAAAUUUAUUCCGCCCCGCGCACCGCAUUUCGCGCGGUCUCUGGGAGGCCGCGGUGAAAUCAGCGAAAUCACAUAUGCUGAAGACCAUUGGAAAUGUCAACAUAUCAUACGAGGACAUGCUGACACUUUUGGCACAAGUUGA